UUCAUUAUUUCAGAAAACGAAUGCGCGCAUCACUUACGGAAUAUUUUCUCUCUACUCCAGAGUAUAAAAGACAGUUUCUUUUUCCCCUUUAUUAUUUUUUAUUAUUUAUUUUAUUACCUUUUACUUUUACAAUUUUUUUUAAGAUAAUUUUAUUUUAUAUUUAUAUUAAAUUUCGAAUAUUUUAUUAAAAAAAAAUUUCGUUUCAAUUUUUAAUGAAUUUUAUGUAGAACUCAUGCUCUUCGAAAAAAUCAAAAGUGUCACUCUUCAAGGACUUUGGAUAUUUUGAAGGUUUUUUGUGUUCGCGAUUUUAUUUUCCGGGCAAAAAAUAAACUAAUAAUUGAAAAAUUAUAAAAAAAAGGUGCGUGUUUCUACGAGAAAUGUGCAAAAGUUUAUGCCCAAUUUCUGGAUAAAAUUGUGCCACGAUUAAUUUUUUUUUUUGUAUUUAAAAAAUGGUGCUUAGAAGAAAGAUAUUAUCUCUUGGAGGAUUGGUGAAUCAAGUGAAACCAAAUGUGAGGUGGAGUUCAUCGUUAAAAAUUCAAGACAAGGAAGCGAUUCAACCAGAUCGGUCCUUUAAGUAUACAGAUCUGUCGAUUCGACUCUCAACUCCCGAUCAACUUCAACCCAAGCCCAAUGUUCGUGAACUUCAAUUUGGAAAAUUCUUCACGGAUCACAUGCUUAAAAUAUUUUACUACGAGGCUUUGGGAGGAUGGCAAAUGCCAGAAAUAACGCCCUUGGAGAAUUUAGUAUUGCAUCCUGCAGCCAAAGUUCUACAUUAUGCUCUCGAGUUAUUCGAGGGACUAAAAGCCUACAGAGGAGUGGACGGAAAAAUUCGUCUCUUCCGACCUGAGAUGAAUGCGGAUAGAAUGAAUACAUCAGCAUUAAGAUCGGGACUUCCAACAUUCAAUGGUCCCGAACUAAUUAAAUGUAUAAGUCGACUGAUUAGUAUAGAUCAAGAAUGGGUGCCACAUUCGGAAGCGUCUAGUCUCUACGUAAGGCCAACUCUCGUGGGAAUUGACCCCACUUUGGGAGUUGCAGCUUCGGAUUCAGCGCUUCUUUACGUAAUUCUCAGUCCAGUUGGGGCUUAUUUUAAACCAAAUUCAACAGGAGGAAUUUCAUUACUAGCGGAUCCGAGGUAUACAAGGGCUUGGCCCGGAGGCUGUGGGGAUAGAAAAAUGGGAAGCAAUUAUGCGCCCACGAUUCAAAUUCAACGAGAAGCUGUGGAAAAGGGUUUACAACAAGUCCUGUGGCUCUAUGGAGACGAUCAUCAAAUCACCGAAGUGGGAACGAUGAAUAUUUUCAUGGUUUAUGUCAAUGACGAUGGAGAGAAAGAAUUAGUGACACCGCCAUUGAACGGAUUGAUUUUACCAGGAAUUACGAGAAAUUCAAUUUUAGCACUUUCGAGAGAAUGGAAUCAAUUCAAAGUUACCGAGAGGAAAAUUACAAUGGGAGAAAUAUGUCGAUUACUCUCAGAAAAUAGAUUGCUGGAAAUGUUCGGAGCAGGCACAGCGUGCGUUGUCAGUCCAAUAUCAUUAAUAAAUUAUCUGGACCAAAAUCUCCACAUUCCCACCACAGAGCAAACGUCGGCUCUCUACAAAAUCUUUUUGAAACACAUGUCAGACAUUCAAUAUGGCUACAUUCCCUGCCAUCCUUGGGCCUAUCCUGUUGAUUAAGAUUCAUUAACAAGGAGAAAAAAACUAAAUGAAUCUAAAACUGGAAAAGUUAAAGAGAAAUAUUUUUCCGAAUUUCGAAGAUAGACUGGAAAUCUAGUCUUUGAAGAUCAAAAGGAAGUUCAAAACUUGUGCGAAAAUUGUGCGACUGUUUCUUUGAAACAGUUUAUUUUCUUAAAAAAGAAAAAAAUUUUAUCCAACAUCGUUGAUUCCUAUUUUUUUCUGUUGAGAUUUUCGACUGAUUCAUUUUUUUGAUAAUCUCAUUCUUUUAAUACGGACUGAAAUUUUUAUCUCUACAAUUUUUCAAUUUUCUGUCCGAGGAAACGAAAGUGAAUUUUAAUAUUUAUUUUCAACACAGCGGAUUUUUUUCUAGAUAUUAUAACGAAAUAAAUUACUAGUUAGAUUUUUUAAUGACGAAAUAAGAACUUAUCGACUAAAUUUUUGACCAGUUGACAAAUUGUAAACAAAAAUAUUUCUAAAAAAAAUCUGCAAUAAGCGAUCAACUAUCAUCGAAUAGUGUAUUUAAUUAAAAAAAAUUGUCUUCAAUAGAAAAAUAUUUUUUGAAAAAAUAUUUUAAGAAAAAAAAGCGAUAUGUUUCUUGCAGAAUUUGUAAAUACUGUUAAUAAGUUAUUGCCUCUGUAUAUAAGUUAUAGACUGUUCAUUUUUUUUUUUACAAAAGUUGCGAACAUAAUAGUUCAAAAGUGUUUGAAAUAAUUAUGCUGUCAACUUGCUGUGAUUUUUAACUUGCAAAAUUGUUCGUGUACAUAAGAUUUGUUUUACGAUAUAAAUAAAUUAAAUUUGGUUUAAUAUUA